AUGACGUUCGCGUCAUCGGGUUUGAAACCAGGCUAUGCCAGAUGUCCAAGAUAUGACUACUAUCAUCGCAAUCUCCUCCAAACUUAUGAUCUCUUUAACAACACCAACUUAUACCGUCUACAAUCUUCGUUAGAAAGAGGAGAAGGUGAUGUUUAUACUGUGCCCAGAUAUCAGCCUGAGAACAGCAGAAACUGUUCUGCAUACAUUGACGAUGCAUCAGCCUUAUCGUAUGUAAAUGCAAAACAUUUAGACAGCAAGAUAUCAUGUACUAUUAACGGUUUCAAAGAACGGAAAGCUAUUCGUAAAGAAUUUGCAGCCAUGCUGAAAGAAAAAGAAGAGAUAGCACCGUCCUCAUUAACAACGCAUAGCGUGAUGAUUCCAAAACAUAAUUAUUCGUUUAGCUAUUAUAAACAAUUCAACUUAAAUAACAGUAGUAGUAAUAGUAGUAGUGGGUUUAAAAAACACAAUAUCGACUUUAAUAUAACCGGUAUUCCAUUAGAAUCUGAAAAUAAAAAUUAUCUCCUCUUUGAUAAAAACGGCCAGAAAUUGUCCUCAAUGUCAAAACACAACCCAAAUGUUCAAAAUAAAAGCAGCCAGUGCUUUUCCGCUGUUAUGAAGAACACUACGUAUGCAACAAAACUUGACCCUUCGCCAACUGACAUAAGAACUAAGGAAGCCUAUGUGAAUUUCGUAGGAAAUGAAGUUUUGAACGAGAUGCAGCUGGAAUUAAAAAAAGCAUGUACAAACAUAGUGACCUUUAUACAUGAUAUUAUUGUUAAACAACAAACAAAUGAAGAAAGUUUGAAAAGUAUUCCAGAGGACGACGAAGAAUCAAUUGUGUGUAACUAUGAUAGUGAUAAGUACAAACAAAUUGAUUUCCUAGAUAGAGAAGAGUAUGAAAGAAAACUUAAUAAAGAAAAAAAUACAAUUAGUUAUCAACAUAAUUUGGAUUGGAGAACAGGAGAUAAAUUAUAUACAACAUCCAACAUUGGAGGGACCGACCACGAGCCCAGUUUGAUAGAAUUUAUUGACUUUGAAAGUGAUUCAACUUACAGAAAUAAAGAAAAUAGUGAACUUGAAGCCAAAAGUAAUAUUGACUGCAAAAAUGAUUACAAUGAUGAUUUUAAUGACACGACGUUAUCGGAGUCGAUUGUAACUACGAUAAAAAAUACUAUGAUUAAUAUUUCAGGAAAAAAGGAAAAAACAAUAAGAUGUGAUGUUCUUAAAAAGAAUAAUAACAAUGAUCCUGGUAAAUUUAUGACGAAAAAUGAAUUUGGCGGAGAAAUGAGUGUUGGAGCCAUGCGAAGAUUUUGUUCAAUAAUGGAUUGGUUAGGAGGUAGCACUAAAAGUUUAAAAAAUACAUCUUUGCGUAUGACCCACUUGAGCACAAACGAGAAUAUAGCUAGAAAACAUUACUACAAGCGUGAUGUUUUAAAAAAUUAUGCUUCUUUUUCUGAUAGCGACAUCCACAUUGAAACCAAAAGCUCUUCGUUUGACCAAAUAAAAAAUAAUUUAUGCACUAUAUCGACAAUAUCGUCGUCCUCAUCCGCCAGCGAAUUGUUCAUGUUACAAAAAGAUUUAUUAAUGCAAACUGUUGAACGAAGCGGUGAAAGCAUGUCUGAACAGCAGCCUCAAGAGAAUAGUAUGAUCAGAAGUAUCAAAAGCAGAGGAAAAAUCAAGAGCAAGAAGAAGAGUAAGAUUACUAUUGUCACUAGAGAUAUCGUUAUGCAUUUUGAGUAA